AAGGGGGGUGCCUCAGGGCUGCAAAGCACCCUGUGCAGCAUGGAGACCUCUUCCAGCCUCCUCCACAGGGGUCUCCAAGUCUUUGCUGUCCUGCAAUGGGUCUUCUCCUUCUUGGGACUUGCCCAGGUGUGCCUGGUGGCCUUGGUCCUGGCUGCCCUGGGCCGGGCCUGGAUCCUAGUGGUCCUCUACCUAGCCUGGCUCUACACAGACAGAGACACACCCAGAGCUGGAGGCCGCCGCUCAGCCUGGGUCCGAGGCUGGGCCGUCUGGAGACAUUUUCGAGACUACUUUCCUAUCAAGCUGGUUAAAACCGCAGAGUUGGAUCCCUCCCAGAACUACCUCUUUGGCUUCCAUCCUCAUGGGGUCCUCGUUGUGGGAGCCUUCGCCAACUUCUGCACCGAAGCCACUGGUUUUUCCCGUCUCUUCCCCGGCCUGCGCCCACACCUGCUCAUGCUGCCCUGUUGGUUCCGAGUCCCCUUCUUCCGUGACUACAUCAUGACCAGUGGCUUGGUCUCCUCUGACAAAGCCAGUGCUGCCUAUCUGCUGUCCCGUCCUGGGGGUGGCCAGGUGGCAGUCCUCGCAGUGGGAGGGCCCCUGGAGGCAUUGGAGGCAAAGCCGGGUGCCCUGAGCCUGCGGAUCCGGAAUCAGAAGGGAUUCGUUAAACUGGCGUUGGAACAUGGGGUCUCCCUAGUGCCUGUCUUCUCCUUCGGGGAGAACGAGCUCUUCCAGCAGUACCCGAAUCCGCCCGGUUCGUGGGUGCGAAGGGUGCAGGAGUCACUGCAGUCCCUGCUGCGUGUGGCCCUGCCGCUGUUCCACGGCCGCGGAGGGUUCCUGCUGCCCUUCCGGGAGCCCAUCCACACCGUCGUGGGCGCCGCGAUCCCGGUGCAGCGAUGCCCAAGGCCCAGCCGCGCGCAGGUGGACGAGCUGCAUGCCCUCUACGUGGAGCGCCUCACGCAGCUCUUCGAAGAGCACAAGGAGCGCUGCGGGGUCCCCGCCGAUCGGCACCUCGUGUUCACCUAGGCGCGCUGCCCCCUCCCGGCCCGCUCUGUGCCCUUGGCAACUGCAGGUGGGGGAGUGGAAUUAAAGGUGGGAACAGACCGUG